AUGAAAGUAACAGUGACAGAAGGAGCUGAAUCUGUGGAGCUGCCCUGCAGAACAACAGCUGAUCUGCACAAAGACUCCUCAGUGGAGUGGACUCGCUUUGAUCCANCAGUGACAGAAGGAGCUGAAUCUGUGGAGCUGCCCUGCAGAACAACAGCUGAUCUGCACAAAGACUCCUCAGUGGAGUGGACUCGCUUUGAUCCAGRAUUUAUGAUUGUCUUURUSAAUCAAAAURUCAGCAACAAAGCUAAAGAACAGGACAAGUUUUACCAUGAUCGCACAAGUAUGAAGGAGGAUGUUYURAAAACUGGAGACUUCAGUCUGACCCUGAAAUACCCCACAGAGAGAGACAGUGGAGUCUACUUCUGCACCAUCUACAGUGGACAAGAGRUCUUCAGACAGGAAGUAGUUCUUCAGCAUGUCAAAGAAAAAUUCCCAACAUYRCYCAGAGUUUUUCUGGUUCUSCUGGUUCUUCUGGUUGUUUCUGGAGGCAUUUUAUUUUAUUUCCGACACUACUUCAUGUCAGUUUAUAAGGUGAAGGUGGUGUCAGGGGUGGAGUCUGUGGUUCUGUCCUGUAAAACUACAGUUCUCCUGCAGCAGGAUUUCACAGUAACGUGGAAAAACAGUAAAGGUCAGACAGUCCACACGUAUCAGAAAGGCUUCAAAUCAACUGAUGAACAACAUGAGGUUUACAAAGACUGUACAGAGAUGAAGACAAACUUCAAAUAUGGAGACCUCAGUCUGACCCUGAGAAAGCCUACAGUCCAAGAUACAGACACCUACACCUGCACUGUCUACGACAGGCGGAAUAAAAUCCGGAUGAAGAAAGAAGUGCUGCUCUAUGUCAAAGGUGGCUCACAUGUAAUAGCCAUAGACUUUGGAACAUCAUACAGUGGAUACGCCUCCAGUCUCACACCCAGAGGGACAGAAAGUCAUUCUGUUAUUAAAAGAUGGGAAAAAGAACUGAACACCCCAAAGAUGCCAACCUGCAUCCUCUUUAAUGAAAAUGAAGAAUUUAUGAAGUUUGGUUAURAAGCUAAAACAGCUUACAUGAGCAUGACAGAAGAAGAAGCAAAGAAACAUUACUUCUUUCAAAACUUCAAGAUGGCUCUGUAUGAUCAUGAAAUCAAGGAGAAUUUCACAAUAAAAGSUGCCAAUGAGAAAGAAAUGCCAGCAUUGAAGGUUUUUACAGAAUCCCUGAGAUUCCUGAAGGAUGAUGCUCUGAAAACUGUCAGUGCCAACUGUUCAAAUACAGAGUUCAUGGCCUCUGACUUCACCUGGGUUCUGACAGUUCCUGCUAYCUGUGAUGAUUCAGCAAAACAGUUCAUGAGAGAAGCUGCCACUCAGGCUGGUAUUGAAGAGAAUCUGAUCAUUGCUCUGGAACCAGUAGCAGCUUCAGUCUGGUGUSAGAAGCUUCCAGCUGAUGGUUUCAUCACGCAGAACCAUAGUGGAGUUGUACUGGACCUGACCCCAGGAACUCAAUACUAAAAUCAUCGACAUCACUGUACAUGAAGUCCUGAGAGAAGAACGUCUGAAGGAGAUGCACAAAGCUUCUGUUUAUGAUCUGGAUGGACAAACUGUGGACAGAAAGUUCAAAGAGUUCCUCAGAGAAAUAUUCUCUGAUAUCUGGGAUGAAUAUGAACAGAAUCAUUCCAGUGAGCUUCAGAAACUGAUGUAUGAGUUUACCCAACAGAACCAGUGUGAUGAAGGYGUUUCGAUCAGCUGCCCAGUAAAUCUGGGAAUGUUGGCUCUGAGAAGACAAGAUAUAGGAAAGUUCUUUGAAUCAGUGGAAGGAGCUUCCUGGAAGAAAGGAUAUAUCAGCGUCUCAAAAGAUAAACUGAUUUCUUUCUAUGCAGAGUAUCUUCAAGGCAUCACUGAGAAACUUAGAGAAAUCCUACAAGGUUUCAGGCCUGAUUAYAUUCUGUUGGUGGGGGGCUACGCUAACAGUCCGGUUCUCUGUCAGCACGUUAUUGAUCAGUUUGGCAGACAAUGUAAAGUUUUGUGUCCUCACAGACCCCAGGAAGCCAUCCUGAAGGGAGCUGUAGAGAUUGGAAAAAACCUGUCAAGAGGCCCAGCAACUCAGGGUGUCAACGGUAUUGGAACCAGACCUAAGGAGUCUUCACUUGACCCCCUACAGAGGAAGGAACGUGAAAGGAAAAGAAGCCAUAAGAGAAGAAAUGAGACCCGACAGGAAAAAAGGAUGAGACGAGAGGGAGGAGGUGAAAUGAUUUGAAGUUAAUCAAUUUUAAUGCUGGCAAAAAUACAUAUGUAACCUAAAAUAAGGAUUAUGCUUAAUGGCAAUGAAUGAUUAACUAAUGUACUAUGAUUAUUGUGUUUUUAAAUGUAAAUGGUGAUUAGGAUAGAAAGGGAUCUAAGUAUGUUUUAAAGUAUGUCCUAAUGUAAAGGCAGAUUGAAUGUGUGAGUGCUGCUCUGGUAAAAGGCAGGGCGUCUCUCAGGGAUGUUGAAACAACAAAGAAGUGGACAUUAACACCACAGAAAAAAGUCCCUAAAAGCCCCAAAAGCAGGAAGACAAACAGAAUUACCUCACUCUGGCGAGUACUGAGAAAACACAUGACAGAUGUCCACACACUUCCUCAAACAGAAGGGAGGGAGGCGAGCACACACAAAGAGAGGAUAAAAGGCCGAGCAGUCCAACAGUAAAGUGUCUUCAUGCCAUCGACCGGAGGAAGAACAGCAAAGGCAGCAGGACAUCAAGAGCAGAAGAAGCAAGCAGAACCGAAGAUCAUCUCAUCUGGGCAGAAGCUGACAGACAGUCUAAGGACCGAAGACCGAAUUGGACCCAGCCCAACUCUGAGAAGAUCUUUUCAGGCAACACUCUGAUGCACCUCAUGGGGGUAAAACUGACUGCUCUAACCUGUCCUCCCUUCUCUAAAUUACCAGAAAAUGCCACACUUCUUAAUUGGGAAGAUAGUUCAGCAAGUUAUAGCUUUUUAUUUUCAUCACCAUCAAUUACUAAUCAAUAUAUUUAAUCUGUAUAAUCAAAUGUGGCAAUUCUUGCAAAUUCCUAUUAAACUGCUUACAGCAUCAUAAA